AACAUGAAGCCGAUUGUAGUUGCAGACGAAAUGUUUCCAGAAGGACCAGGGCCAUUUAUGGACCUGGAAGAGGCGGGAGGAUCGUCGGGCUUGUUAAUGGAUUUAGCGGCGAACGAGAAAGACGUGCAUGCUGAUUUUUUUAAUGAAUUUGAAGAUUUGUUCGAUGAAGAUGAAGAGGGACAAAUGUAG